AUGGAGACAGUGACAGAUUCUCCCCAGGAUCCUGACCCGAAGCGACACUUCCAGUUCUGUGUCAUUGUGCUGGGAGAUGCAGCCAUGGGCAAGUCCUCACUGCUGCACUGCUUCACUGAUGGGCCAGGUGGGGGUCCUGGUGGGGCAGCCACACCAGGCCCCACUGUUGGCGUCAAGUUCUACAGCCAGAUUAUCCUGAUGCCACCUGCCGGCAAGGCCAAGCUGCAGCUCUGGGACACAGCUGGCCAGAAGCGGUUCAGAUCCAUCGCCAGGUCCUUCUACCAGAGUGCGGCGGGGGUGCUGCUGGUGUUUGAUCUCACCAACUGGGCAUCUUUUGAACACGUUCCUGAGUGGUAUCACGAGGCUGAGGGGGACCGGCUGCCUGCCUUUGUCCUAGUGGGACACAAGUGUGACCUGGUGGGUGAACGAGCCAUGUCAGCAGAGGAAGCUGGACACCUCGCCGCCACUCUGGGCAUGGCCUUCGUGGAGACCUCGGUCCUCAGCAACCUCAAUGUGGAGUUGGCCUUCCAGGCACUGGCUGGAGGUAUCCAGCAGGCACUAGGCCAGGGGAUCCUUGCUCCACACCAGGCAUGUGACGGCAUCAGGCUCAUCCCCAACCAGAGUAACCGCCAGCCUCUGGCAGGGAGGGAGCCCUGGGAGCACGGCCAGUGCUGA